AUGGGUAUAAAAGGGUCUAAACCAAAUUUAUCUCAGAAGACUACUCGUACUCACUCAAAAGGGAUUACUUGUUCCUCUUGUUAAAUGUAAGGAUGGAGAGAAUAUAUGGAAGACUUUAUUUUAAUUAAAGAGCAGGAAGAGUUUUAACUUUAUGGAGUUUUUGAUGGACAUGGAGGCUAAGAAGUUUCAGAAUUUUUGUCUGAACAUUUCUAUGAAAUAUUUGAGAUGGAACUAAACAAAAAUCCAGAAAAUUAUUACGUAGUAUUAGAAUCAACUUUUGAAACUUUGGAUACGAUACUUGCUCAUCAAAUUGCUAGUUCAAAAGUUGGAAGUACUGCUAUUAUUGUUUUGGUUACCAAAGAGAAGGUGUACAUAGCUAACUUAGGAGAUAGUCGAGCUAUUUUAUUUUCAAAUGAAUCUCUUUAAUAACUUUCAUAUGAUCAUAACAUUGAAAUGGAAUAUGAUAGAAUAAUAGCUAAUGGUGGUUAUAUAAGGGAUGAUAGAAUUAAUGGUAACUAUUUAUCAUAAUUUCUAGGUUCAUUGACUGUCGCAAGAGCAUUCGGUGAUUUUUUCUUGAAAUCGUCAAGAUGUUCUAUAAUUUCAUCAAAACCAGAUAUUUUUAUGAUUGAUAGACCAUAAAAUAAAUAUAUCCUAUUAGCUUCAGAUGGUAUAUGGGAAUGUGCAGAUAAUUAAUGUAAUUUUAUCAUACUUAUUUUAGAAAUCAGCAAAAAUCUUAUGGAAAAUAAUUCAUUAGGAAAAUUAUUCAAUUAAUUAAUAGCAAAAAAUAUUAAUUAAGAAAAUGGCUAUGAUAAUAUGAGUGCUAUUCUAAUUUAAUUUUGA